AAAAAUUGACAUCUGUCAUUCUCCCAAAAAAAGAAAACCAAAAAAAGUUUCACCUCCCGAGCUGAGCCGACGAAAAAAAUUCAAAAACAUUUACGCAACCAAAAAAAAAAACUUAAAUGCAAUACAAAUUCCAGCGGCAAUGCAAUCACCAAUAAUGGCAAGUUUCGGUCGUUUCGGACCUCUAUUAGGUGUAGUCUCCGUCGCAAAUAAUAUUUGUAAAUUUUUAGUUUACUCUUCACGAAACGCCGAAGUCCUAACAUUUCAUGAACUUAAAUUAAAACAAUAUUUUCCUAACCCCGGAUGGAUAGAAUAUGAUCCAAUAGAUAUUUGGAAAUGUACCCAACAAUGUAUUGAGACUGCCUGCAAGAACCUCUUAAUAUUAGAAAUCAAUCCACAAGAUAUAGUUGCAUUGGGAGUCUGUACACAGCGUGGAACGACAGUUCUUUGGGACAAAGUUACUGGAAUUCCAUUACAUAAUGCCAUUGGUUGGGCAGACAACAGGACAUCAACGACAUUGAAAUCGAUUCUAGACAUUGUCAAAGGAAAAAUCAAUUAUUUAAAAUCUGUCUGUGGUUUGCCGCUGAGUACAUGUUUUAGUUCAUUGAAGAUCAAAUGGCUAAUGCAGAAUCUACCAGCAGUUAAUCAAAGUAUUGAAGAUAAACGAUGUCUUUUUGGAACUCUUGAUUCUUGGAUAAUAUGGAAUCUUAGUGGUGGAGUAACUAGUGGAAGUCAUGUAACUGAUGUUACAAAUGCCAACUAUACAAUGCUUAUGAAUGUACACACUCUGAAAUGGGAACCAAAGUUGUGUGAAUUCUUUCAAAUUCCAAUUGAAAUUUUACCAGAAAUUCGUUCCAAUUCGGAGACGUAUGGAUUUGUUGUUGAUGGAGCUCUUCAUGGAUUACCUAUUGCAAGUUGCAUGGGAGAUCAGCCCGCAGCCUUGCUCGGGCAAUUGUGUACCAAAGUCGGCCAAUGUGUUUGCACAAUAGAAGACAGCUGCUUUGUGCUUCUCAACACAGGCCAAGAAGUUAUAGACUCAAAUAAUGGCCUCCUUAGCAGCGUAGCAUUUAAAUUAGGCCCAAAAGAAAAUACAUUCUACGCUUUAGAAGGAGCCGUUUCUAAUGCCGGAUCAACAGUCUCAUGGCUCCAAGAUCAACUGCGAAUAAAUACAGAAAUUAAUCAAAAUGGAAAUGUUGCUGAAGUCUUGAGUAAUUUUCUUGGCGAUAAUUCAAUGAUUUCAUCAUCAUCAUCAACAAUGUUGAAUGGUUUAAAUGAAAAUGGAAACACUGCCAAACGUAGUGAGAUCAUUUUUGUACCAGCAUUCAAUGGACUGUAUGCGCCAUAUUGGCGCUAUGAUGCUAGAGGCAUUAUUUUGGGAUUAAAUAGUCAUACAACAGCUGAGAAUAUUACUCAAGCCGCUUACGAAUCGACCGGGUUUCAAGUUCAUGAAAUUUUAGAGUCAUUUCGUAAAGAUACUCCAACAUGGGAUCGAGCACCGAAACUAAUUGUUGGUGGAGAGUUCUCGGAAAAUAAUCAUUUUAUGCAGUUUAUGGCGGAUAUUAUUGGAAAUGGUUUGGAGCGACCACAAACUACCUCAUCUUCAUGUCUGGGAACGAUGAUUGCAGCUGGAAUAACUAUGAAGAUUAUAUCGAUAGAAAAUGCUCAAAAAAUGUUCACACCUCCUUAUGAUGUUUUUCAUCCUACAACAGCACCAAAUCGUCGUGAACUUCUUUAUUGUCGAUGGGAUUAUGCUGUUAAAAAAUGUUUGAAUUGGAACAAUUUUGAAACCUACGAAACAGAUAUGGAAUUAUUUAGACAACGAGAACGGGACCCAAAUCUACCAAUAAGACGUUCUAUUCCUGGAAGCAUUUUUCUAACGACGUCAUUUAUUUUAUUAAUAGUUGCUAGAUUUUUAAAAAAUACUUCGAUACAUAAUUAAUUCUUCCUCCGCAAUUAAGUCCAAAAAAGAGUGAUGUGAUUUCUGUUUAAAUGUGUAGUGUGCUGGUCUAGCGAUUGAUUCGUACAAAUUAUCUUUUUUUAUUUUAGAAUUCAAUUUAAAAUUUUUUUCUUUUCGUAAAAAAAAUUGUUGUGCCGGUAUCUAGUCUAGUCAAAAAAUGUAGUGGGAACUUUUGAAAUUAUUAUCAUAAUAUUAAAAUAGCAUUUAUUAUAUUUUUU